GACCAUACAUCAUCAUCAUCAAUUACACAUUACACUAAUAAUUACAUUAUUGAGAGAGAAGAAAUUAAUUAGGAGGUGAGUAUGGAGGUGGAAACAGUAUUCCGGCGCAUGUACAACCUUAACAACGGCGAGGACAUCGUGGCCCACAUCAAACACGCCGUCUGCGCCGCCUACUUGAUCUCCCCCGACAAACUCAAGAGCAACCGCCGCAGCAUCCUCAAACUGCUCUUCGCCGACGACCCCCUUCACUCCCCAGAGGACUCCGAUGAAGAAGAAGUUGCCGACUUGGCCGCCUCCGCCCCCGCCAGCGGCGAACCAAUAACAGAUCCUUCCGGCCGCCUGCAGGGGCUCUCCAAGAAAUUAGCUGGAGGGGAUGAAGAAGAAGAAAGGUUCAAGAAAGCUAUUGCCAAGAGAAAGUGGUGCCGUGAAAAGGAAGACGGCGAAAAGAGAGGGAAAUUCCUCCGCGUGGGUCAUAGUAAAGUCCGAUACAAUAUUAGAUCAUACUGAAAUAUUUGUAUGUAAUUAGUUUUAUCUCUGAUAUGGUUUAUGUAUUAAAAAAGGAAGCAAUAACCUUUGAAUGUUUAUGUGUAUAAAAGGUUCGUCAGCCCCUUUUUGUAAUGAAAUUUUGUGUUCUUU